AUGGAAGAAACCAUAUGGAAGUAUAUUUUGUUUUCCUUUAUUAUAUCUUCCGUGUCUUUUAAAUUGAUUAUUUCUAUUUUUUUGUUCAUUUUGCAGUUUCGGUACUUCUUGCUUUUUUCAUUGACCUUUUUACUGCUAACGGAAGAUGUUAACGGCGGCUGGAGAAGAAGAUUUAGAAAGUUCGUUAGAAAAGCUGCAAAAGUUGCCAAAACUGUGGCCACCGCACACACAGUUGCAAAGGUCGCAGCAGGAGUGGUUGGAAAAAGAUCUACAGACGACGAGAUUAUUAGAGUGAAUGUUUGUGAUUUCUAUUCAUUCGAUCUGGAUGGUGAUCAGCAAAUCAGUGAAACAGAGUUGUCGACAUUUAUUGAUAUGACUGGAUUUGAAGAUUUAGAUGGAUUCUUUGAGAAAUUGGAUGUCAACCAAGAUGAUGUCGUCACUAUUGAAGAAUACAUCAACUCACUGUUGAUAAAGGAAAACUGCAAUUGAUUGUUAGACUCGAUCUUUCUUUCGUAGUUUUUCUGAUAUGAAAAAGUUUCUGUAUAUAAUCUUGUUAUUGUUUAUUUUUUGUC